AGCAGAGGAAGUUUUGUUUCCGGGAAUGUUUGGUGAUGUGGCUAUGCUCUGACAUCCAUCCGAGGAAAUAUAUCAAAUAAAAAGCAGACACAUUUACCUGCGAAACACUCGUACAGAGUGCCAUCUUUAUGUUCAGCCGUCUGGCCACGGUCCUCCAGGAGCUCUCUGGAGAGGAGGGCCCAGAUGGAGACCCACAGGGCAUGCUGGUGCCUCAGCUCCCUGCCGGUGAGGGCCAGUCUCCAGUGGAGGCUGAGGUACCUGAGGAGGCCAUGGAGAGACUGGCUCACCUGGAACAACUGGUGGUCCAGCUGAAGGAGCUCAUCCGUGAAAAAGACACCCACCUCACCCAAAAGGACACUGAGCUGGCUCACAAAGAUGCACAGCUCAAGAAUGAGAAAGAAGAAGCUGAGGCUCGCUUUACCAAACUCAAACUGCAGGCCAAAGCCAAGAUGGCCUCCCUCAGCAAACAGAUAACUGAUUUGAAAGGACAAGGAGCAGCAACUCAGAGUCCAGACAGCUCUUUCACAGGAGUUGGGGCUGCAGUCGAGGAGGAGCUCCAAGAACUGAAAAACAAGUUGAGUGAGGAGGAAGCCAAGAGCAGAGAGCUUCAGGAACGACUCCAGACCACAGAACAGCUCCUGCAAGAGAAGGAAUCUGCCCAUGCUGAACAGUUGCGGAAACUGCAGGUUGUGGUCUGUGAGAAGGAUGUGCGUUUCCAGGAACAGAUCCAGAAACAUGAAGAAGAGCUGCUGAGGGCCACAGCACAGUCUCAGAAUGCCAGCGAGCUUCAGCAGACCCUGCAAACAGCACAGAGGCGUUGUGAGGAGCUUGAGGAGGCCUUAAACUCUCGGUCCCAAGUGCUGGAAAUGCUACAGCAGGAAGUGAGCAGUGCUGAUCAGCAAAAACAGAUCUUGACUGCUCAGUUCCGGCAGAUGGAGCAGGAGUUGGCCCAGGCCGUCAAGCAGAGGGAGGAGGAGAGGCAGCAGUGGGCCGAACGGGCCAGCAGGGCCGAUGCGGAACUCGCAGCCCUCCGAACCAGCCUGGAGGUUUUGGAAAGAAAGAGCACGGAGGUGGCGAGGCAAGAGAGCGAGCUGGUCUCCCUGAGGGAGGCGGAGCAUGUUAGUCAAGAGGCUCUGGAGAAGGAGAAGGUGGAAGUUGCCAGAUUGGAGAGAGAACUGGCUCUGAUGAAAGAGGCUGAGCUCGCAGCCGUCCAAGCGAGCCGUGAUGCCUCAGAGAGAGACAGAGCGGAAAUAGUCCGGCUUGAAAGUGAACUUGCGUCUAUGAGAGAGAAAGUUGACCGCGCCAGCAAGGACGCCACAGAGAAGUCAGAAGUGGAUAAACUAGAGCGAGAAUAUGAAGAUGUCCAGAAGAAGGGUGAGAUCCUGUCUGAAGUUUGGAGACACCUACGUUCUCUGGCUCUCGAAGAUGUGCAAGCAGAAGAGGAAAGCACCUUUCCUGCUGACCUUUCCCUGUUCCUGGACACUGUGCAGUGUAUUGAGACACAACUGACAAGGCUGAAAGAAGAACGCAGUGAGAGUGAGGGGCACUGUGCUGAGCUCACCCACACCAUGGAAACCCUACGGGAACAACUAGACCAAACACAAGAGGAAACCACUGCUAAGAUACAACAGCUGGAGCAGCAAAUUUUAACGAUGUCUGAAAGAGAUGAUGUGACUGAACCAUCAGCAGAGGAUUCAUCCAAAGCUAAAAAAGUGCUCAUACUGGAACUGGAGCAGCAGCUACUACAAAAAGACAAUGAGCUGGCUGCCUUGCAGGAGUCCCUAAGAAAGGCUGAAGAUCACAGCUCCAGUGGGAUCGCAUCAUGUGAAAACUACGAUCAGAGUCAAGAUGCCAGUCCAGCGCCCCAUGACAGUUCAAUAGCCCUUCCUGACUUCAAGGAAGAUACACAAGAAGAGGAGACCACCUUAGUUGCUGAGGACACCUCAGUCCUUUCCAUUUCUGCUGAUAAUGAGAGUAGCCCAGAGCUUAUUGGACACCAGUCUGAAUCCCCAGUAGAAUCCAAAGGGACCUCCUCAGAUGAGAUGGUCACCAGUAGUGAUUCAGAGGUGGCCCACAGCAGCUGGACUCUCCUGGAAGCUGUGAAUCAAGAUGGAGGCCUCCUGGAAGCUGUGAAUCAAGAUGGAGGACAGGAGUGGCCGUCCAUCCUGCAGGACUUUGGCCAGCUACAGCUGCAGUCAUGGGAGGAAACGAGCAUGGAGCAGGAAACCUCCACAGUUCAAGUUGAGUCAUCUUCUGUCAUCAUCCGAGAGACCGUACAAGUUCAUCUAACUCAGCAGAGUUUGUCCACAGACGGUAACAUGCCCUCUGGCCAGGUCUUUGCUCAGGCCUUAGCUGAGGAACUUCAAAAGAGGUACAGUGAGCUUUUGGCUGAGCUUCAGAGGCUCAGGGAGGCAGCUGCAGAGUCACAAGAGAAAAUCAAGAUCCUGGAAGAAGACACACAGUCCCUUACUGCUGCCAAAGAAGAGGCUGAGUCGCAGUCCAGUAGUUUUGCAGAGCAACUUAAGUCAGCCAGAGAGGAGUUGGACAAGCUUUCCCAGCAAAGCAGCUCUGGGAUGGAGAAACGUAGUGUUGAAAUGCAGCUUCUAGAAGGACAGAUAGACAUUUUAAGCACUGAAAGUAAAGUCAAGGAAGAGAAGAUCCAGGCCCUGCAGACAGAUCUGGAAAUUGCCCACCAAGCUUCCUCUGAGCAGGAGGGGCAGGCCAAGAUGCUGAGUGCUCAGCUGGAGGAAAGAGAGCUCCUCUCCUCUGAGCUUGAAAGGAGGCUUCAAGAUAUGGAAAACAGCAUGUUGGAAUACUCUCAGACAUCACAGCUCAACAAAGACAUGUUGUCACAGAAGGACUCUGAGAUUAUUGAGCUACAGCUCUAUCUCAGCCAAAAAGAGCAAGAGAUGAUGGCGCUCAUUGACAGUAUGUCAGCUAAACUCCUCCAAGCAGAAGAAGAGAAGUUCCAGACACACUGUGAAGUCAAUAAAUUGAAGGAGCAGAUAGUGGAACUUGAGAAAGUCAGAAAUGAGACGCAGAAAGUAAGUGAUGAAGACUCCGCUGCUCAUGGAGAUGAUGAACUUGCUAGUUUACGAAAGGAGAAAGGAGUGCUGGAAACCCAACUGACAAACACAAAGAAGAAGUUGCAGGCAGCACUUGUGCAACGCAAAGAGCUUAUGAAGAAGGUUGCCGAUUUUGAGGUAGAAGCAAAGAAAUGGAAAGGGCGAGAUCAAACAGCAAAGGGAGAAGCUCCUGCAGACAUUCCAGAGGUAGAGCAAUCUAGAGGACAUGAGAUUCAGGAAAUGGAGGCUAGACUUGUCGAACUCAAGCAAGCUAUAAGAUCCAAAGAAGAGGCUGUUCAGAGUCUUGAGCAGAAAAUUAGCCAACAGGAUCAAGUUCUAACUGAGACGCUUGCUCUGAAUAAAAAGCUAAGUGAAGAAGCUGAAAAUGCUCAGCAGGCAUCAGACACUUCUGAAACAGCUGUGUUCCGAUCCCAAGUGGCCUCUCUUGAAGCAGAGUGUGAAACCCUUCAUAAGAAAGUUCAGGAGGCCCAAGAAUCUCGCAAGGAAACCAUCCGCAAGGCAAAAGAGAAAGAUAGGCACCACCGUGAACAGCUGAAGCAGCAGAAAGAAGAAUACAGUGAGCUUAUGGAACGUUUUGAGGCGCAGAACGGCGAGCAAGAAAUUCUUCUGACUAAACUGAGAGAAUUAGAAGUAAAGGUCAGCACUGAACGAGAAGAUCUACGUCCCCAAGAGGACAGGGCACUGGCUGAAAAUUUGGAAAAGCAAGCAGCAGGUGAUUGGGUCCAGGAGGAUUGGGUGGAUUUUGCAACAUCUGAGGCUGAUUCAUCACAACCUCAAUCCAGUGAUCCAGUUCAGCAUCCUGCCGAGCAGUCUGAUGUCUUUUCUGCACAAAUGGAGGAAUCUCUGAAAGCUCUCAGAGGAGAGGUCCAAACUGUGCGGAUGUCUAACACAGAGCUAGAGAAGCAGCUGCAAGAAACCCAGGCCAGUUUGUCGCUGAAGGAUGCUGAAUUAUUGGAAUUAGGCAAAGAGCUACAAGCACUAAGAGAAAAGGAAAGACAGAUUGAUGCACUCUCAGAGGAAAUUAAUGAUCUUAGAGAAAAGCAUCACCAAGCCGAGUCUUAUACUGAAACCCUGAAAGCAGAGAUGGAAACUGCAGCCAAAGCAGCAUCUGCAGAUGCUACAUCCUCCAUUACAACUCUUCAGGCUGAAGUGGAUGACUUCAAGCAGUUCCUUGACAAGAAGAACCAUGAAAUCAUUGAGCUAAGUCAGCAGCUUAGUGAGCAGAACUCUCUCAUACACUCAAUGCAGGACACAGUGUCUCAGAAGGAUCAACUAAUAACUUCUUUACAGGAAGAACUGAAGGCUGAGCAAGAAAAAACCCAAAGGUUAGAGGUUGAGGUUCCACAGAAGCAAGAGGAAGAAAAAGACAGCGAGGCAAAGAUCCAGCAGCUUCAACGGAAGCUUCAGGCUGCUCUGAUCUCUCGCAAAGAGGCCUUAAAAGAAAGCAAAACCACAAAGGAACAACUAGCCUCAACUGAGAAGCUCAUAGCCGAACUUCAGCAGAAAAUGGAGUCAGCAGAAGAUGAGCUGGAGAAGCUAAGAGCGGAAAGAGUUAAACUGAUUGAUGAGGUCGACCGGACAUUACUGGAAAACCAAAGCCUAGGGUCGUCCUGUGAGAGCCUCAAACUGGCCAUGGAGGGCAUACUGAAUGAGAAGGAUGCCUGUAAGAGAGAAGUGGAGCUGGCGAAAGAAGAGUCUGCCAGAACAGGCAGAGAAUGGGAGGAAAAGGUUCAAGCCAUGAAGGAUGAGUACGAGACUCUGCUCAAGUCAUAUGAAAACGUGAGCGAUGAGGCAGAGCGAGUAAGGCGAGUCCUGGAAGCUGCCAGGCAGGAGAGACAGGAGCUCGCAGCCAGGGUGAGGACACACGAGGCUGCGAGGCAGGAAGCUGAAAGACAGGCGGAGGAGGCACAGAAAGAGGUGGAUACAGUGAAAGACAAAAUGAGAAAAUUUGCUAAAACAAAGCAGCAGAAAAUACUGGAGUUAGAGGAGGAGAAUGAGAGACUUAGAGAGAUGCAGGAAAAGACCGGAAUAAAACGAGAGGGCAUGGCUCUCAAAGGUGAGGUUGAGAGACUUCAAGAAGAGCUGGGGGCUUUGAAAGCCAAGUUGAACGCUACAGUGGCAGAAAGAGACUCUUUCGGGCAGCAGAUUGAAGAGUUGAGGGAACAACUUGCCCACACAGGAAACCAAGAGGACAAUGUAAUUCAGCCUACUCUGCUUAGCUCUGCAGCUGUUGUAGAAGAGGUUGUCACUGCCCAGCAGUCCGACAUAAUCAUGACCAGAUCAGAGCCUGUUGAGAGUCAUUAUGAUGAAAAAGAAAUAACUUUAACUCCAGAGGAAGCACCAGCUGAGCAAAUAACUGCAGUGUACGUGCCAGAAACAAAUUUACAACCUACUGAGGAAAAAGAAAAAGCAGAAAUGACUAAAAGUGUUCAAGUUUUAUUAGAGGAUAAAAUGAGGGAGAUGGAGGCAGCUGUUAAUGCAGAGAGGGCACUAUGGCAGGAACAGGAGGCUGAACUCAAAGCUCAGCUGGCCUCUCUUGAGCGAGAUCUUCAGGAGAGUAAAGAGAAGGAGAACCUUAUCGCUUCUCUAGAGAAGUGCCUCCAAGAGAGCAAAGAGAGAGAAACGAGCCUGAUUGAAGACAGUUCAAAGAGGGAAGCCCAGUUCAAAGAGCUCCUCAGAAGCCUUGAAACUGAGAAAGAUAACCUGGAGGAGCGUCUCAUGAACCAGUUGGCUCAGCUGAAUGGGAGCAUCGCUGGCUAUCAGCAGGAGAUGGCAGACAACCGCGAGCACCUUACUGAACUGCAGCGGGAGGUGGAAAGGUUAGAGAGGGAGCGAGCCGAACUCGAAGCCCAGGCUCGGAGUGAGAGGGACCGGGCCGCCAGGCUGGAAGAGGACAUGAGGCAAGCCCAGAGGGAAAGAGCUGAAGCUGAAGCAGAGUCUGGUAAGCAGAGGGAGCUGGAGCAACAGCUGAGGUCUGCUCAGAGGGUCAAAGAAGGCAGUCAGAGCAGAGUGCGUCAGCUGGAAGAACUGCUGAGGGAGAAGCAGCUGGAGGUCCGUCAGCUGCAGAAGGACUGCAUCCACUACCAGGAGAGGAUCAGUGAACUGGGUAGGGAAGCUAAAGCGCUGCAGCUAGGCCAUGAUGAGCUCCACCACAAACUAGAACAAUCCCAACUCGAGACUUCCAAAACUAUAGAAGACCUGAGAAGGACUGAAGCGGAGUUGGCUAGCUGCACAUCCCAGCUGGAAGAGGCCCAGAAGCAGGCAAGCAAGGCUUUAGCUGAGAAAACAGCCUUUGAAGAAAAUGCCAAACAGAAAGAAACCUUAAUGAAAGCUGAGGCAGAGCAAACCCUCGACUCUGUGAGAUUCAGACUGGGGGCCGAACUGAAGGAGAUGGAGCUGAGACUGGAAGAUGCGUACAGCGAAAGGGAAAAGGAAGAGGAAGCCACUCUGGAGGCCAGAGAAAUAGCAGAAGGAGCCGAGAGACGAGCCCAGGAGAUGCAAGCUCGUCUGGACGAGUCUCUGGCCAGGUUAGCUGCCUUCUCACGCUGCAUGUCCUCACUGCAAGACGACCGGGACAGAGUUUUGGAUGAGACCCGACAAUGGGAGACUCGCUUUAAUGAUGCUCUGCAGGGUAAGGAGGCUGAAGUUCGCGAGGCUGAAACACGGGCCAAGGAACUGGCAGAACAGCUUCAGAGAGAAUCUGCCCUGAAAGAGGAACUUCAGCUUUCAGUGGAAAGAUUAGAGAAAGCAAACAAAGAUUUGCAGCUGAGACUGAAAGAGGAGGAAAAGAAAGUCACAGAGAGCCAGGCUGCCCUAGAGGAGGAGAAGAGCAAGCUUCAGCGAACUACAGCUGAGCUGCAGUCUGUACAGGGUGAAGCCCAAGCCCUGAAAAAUGAGCUAGAGAGUCUCCAUCAGAGGGCCAGAGCUCUAGAGGAGGCUGUAGGCCGGCUGCAGGGUGAACUCAACCAGGCCAGGACUAAGCUGAGUGAGAGGGAGGCAGAGGAGAGGCGGCUGUGUUUGAACGUGGAGCAACUAGAAACAGACCUGCGGUCCUCUAAGGCCUUAACAGAGAGUCUUCAGACUGAGUUAAAUGAGAAGGAAAGGAGAGAAAUGGAAAUGCUCGGGGAGAAGGAGCAAGCUGUUGCUGAGGGUGCAGAGGAGGCUAGAAAGGAGGCUGAUAGCAGGGCACGAGAAGCUGAGGAGGAGCUGGAGCAAAGAAGAGGGGAAGUGCGGGAUUUGGAAGAAAAACUGCGAAAGGCAGAGGAAGAGAGCAACAACAGAAAAGCCAGACUAGACUCUUUCAUGAAGGCCAUGGGGUCCUUGCAGGAUGACAGAGACAGAGUCCUCAACAUGUACAAACAGCUGGAGGAGAAACACCUGCAGGUGAUGAUGGAGAAGGACGGUCUGAUCCAAGAGGCAGCAGGGGAGAACAACAGCCUGAAGGAAGAGCUGCGCUCUCUGCUAGUCCAGAGAGACGACCUGUAUGCUGAAAAGGGCAAGCUGUCCGCUCAGCUUCACGGCUACCGUGAAGAACUUAACCAAGUCCUGAGCAUGAAAGACUCCCAACACAAAAAACUUCUGACAGCUCAGCAACAGCGUAUUGCCUCCCUGGAAAGAAAACGUGAGGAAUUAGAAUGUCAGUUAAAGAGUGUUAGCAGAGCCAGAGAGACAGAAGUAGAAGCAGGCAGAGUGGAAAGGGAGACUCUUAGCCAGGCUGUUGACCAUACGACAGCAUCACAGGUGAUAGAUGCUCCCGGUGCAGAGGUUGAGAAGCUUAGGGAACAGCUACAAGCAGCGAGAGAACAAGUGGAGGCGUUGGAGGAGAGCCUACUGAAGGACAGACAAGAGCAAGAGAGCAAGAGCAAAGAGCUAGCUGAGCUGCAAUGGGAGGGAGGUGUGAUGCGUACAGAGUCAGAGAGCGCUCAGGAGAGGGUGGCAGAGCUGGCCCGAGACUUGCUGGCUGUCGAACAGAAGCUGCUAGAGGAGAGAGAAGUGACGGCACAACUGAGGGCAGAGAACCAGGCAUUCUCAAAAGCCAUGGCCUCUCUCCAGGACAGCCGGGACCAGGCAGUAAACAAGGCCCAGGAAGUGAGCCUGAAGCUGGAAGAGAUGAGCAAGGCAGGUGGCCACGUAGCACACAGCAGCCAAGGAGGCUCCGCUGGAGAAGUGUGGGGGCUGAAGAAUGCACUACAGGCCCUGCAGAAUGACAGGGAAAGACUGCUGGAGCAGAUUCAAACACAGAUGUCUGAGAUCAAUAAGCAGAAGUCCGAGCUGGCUCGACUCGGAGCAGGAGAGCUGAUUAAAGUCAGCCAGGAGCUGUUUGAGGAGAAAAAGCAGAAUGAAGACAUGCUGGGUGUCAUAAUGCAGCUAGAGAAUGUGGUGGAAAUGGGCAAGCAGGAAAUAGAAACUCUCAGACUGGAUCGUAUUGACUGGAUGGCUCAAGCAGAGCAGCUGAAGCAGCAGACCCUCGCCACACUCUCAGAGAGGGAGCAACAACUGCGGCACCUCACCGCUAAACUGGAGGAAUCCCGCGCUCAUAAGCCCAAACUUCAGCAGGAACACUAUCAAAGAGAGAGCACAGAGGAGGUAGACAGUGCUCCAGGGGCCCCACAGGAGCGGAGCAGCCUGCAAGACAGUCACACCUACACAACUGAGGUCAAAGAGCUUCAGAGAAGGCUGGAUGAAGAGAUGCAGCAGAGGGUUGCUGCUGAGGAGCAGCUAAUGGCCACACAGGAUCGACUUAAACGUCACAGCCAGUCUAAAUGGCACUCUGCACAAGAAGAGGAUCACUCAGAGACUGCUGUUUUCAUCGAGCCGCCGGAAGGAGCUGUCACUCGAACUCGAAGAGGUGGCCCGGGUUUGGUGCGGAUGCUCCGAGUGGCCUUCUGCUCCCGGCAGCGUACCCCUCUGCUGUUCAGCCUCUAUCUGCUCACUGUGCACGUCCUGCUGCUGAUGUGUCUGGGCGGAUAUCUCUGAAACCAGCUCCCUUUGACAAAACCUGACAGAUAAGAGAAAGAGAUGGAGAGAAGAGGGCAAAGAAAAUGGAUAUUUGACACAGACCCAACCCAAGCCAUCAAUAUGUUUUAUAUUGUCACAUGUAAUAAAUUGUAGAUGGGUGUGAAGGAUGUUCUACGCACACACAUUGCACUUUACAGGACUUAAUCUUUUUGCCAAAGUAUGUAGAUUUAAACAGGAAGUUGUUAAUGAUUUUCACUAUGUUGCUCUGGCAUGACAUUGUUGAGUUUAUCAAAACCCAAGCAGAGAGGUCAUAAAGGGACAUGGUGUAAUUAUUCUAUAAUUAGAUUCAUAUUCAUGUACUUUUGAUUCAUAAUCAAGUACUUUGGUAGAUGGCGUUCUUCACUUGCCUUUAGAUUUGGGUAUUAAAGGGUCACCUUACAUUAAAAGUACACUAGUUUAGACGAGAUUAUCACUCAUGUCUGUCCGUUAAAUAUAACACCACAGCCAGCAGAUGGUUAUCAGCAUCAAGGCUGGAAACGGUAACAAAAUCCACCGAAAAGCCCUUUAUAAAGCUCACUACUCAACAACUUAUAUUUCUUUUGUUUUAAUUUGCACAGAAAACCAAGUAAAAUAGCCAUCAUAUGGGGUAUGUGCCGGCGGUGUUGCACAGUAUUCUGCGACUGGACUUUAUAUUGGCUGAGCACGAAACUCUAGGAAGUUACUUGUGGUGGCCAAAAAUAGUCCGGUUCGGUUCUAACAAAAAUGAAUCGUGUUAUUUCAUGAGCUUUUGCUGUACUUGUAAGUGAGGUGGAUAGUGUUGCAAGUGUAGUUUCUCUGUUUUUAGUCUUCUGUGUUACAGUUAAGCUAACUGGCUCAUUUCCAGCCUUUGUGCUAAGCUAAAAGGUUACUAGCUGUAGCCUUGUGUUUAACAGACAAAUAUGAGUGUGGUAUCAAUUAUUUAAUCUAACCCUCGCACACAAAGUGAGUAAGUGUAUUUUCCAAAAUGAUGAACCAUUCUUCUAGGAUGGCUUGAGGUUCAGGGCAUGCUGUUAUAGUCCAGUCUUCCUCUUCUACUCAUUUCAUGCACAAAAACGGAGCACAGUGCAAUUUCUAUUGUUACACAUUCCUAAUGGGUGUUUUCCUUUCCUUUUUAUUUCCCUCUUAUAUAAAUAACACUUUAAAAAAGGGAGCAGUAUAUUGAUAUUUGUAUACAUAUCAGCUGGAUGUGGGUUUUCCCUCUUACAUAUUCCAAUGAGAUUCCCUGUCCAUGCUUCUGUUGCACUGUUAAAUGUCAAAUGAUAUUGCCAUUCAGGUGCAAUGUUUUACCACAGUGUGGAUUCAUUCCAGAGGAGAAAGACUGCUUUGUUUUUUAACGAUUUCCAUCCAAUUAUAUACUACUCUGAUGUAGCAUAAUUUAUUUUCCAACAGUUGAAACAUUUGUCCACUACCUACGUGUCUAUUGACAUGACCCUCUUCCCUGAUUGUUUUAAUUGCUUACAUUUGGUGAAAUGGUGGCUCUGUACUCAUCUCCUUAUCAUAUUCAUAUUCUUGCUCACAUCUUUCACACUGAAAUAUACUUUACUGUAAAUAAUUGUUAAAAAGGGCUGUAUAGAAAAAUAAUGUGUAAUAAAAGUGUUGGUGGUUUAGAUCAGGGACCGAUGUUGUCAAGCAUUAAUUAUUACAUUACACUUUUGUUAACCUUUUAUUUGGGCUCAGUUUAUUUUGAUUUCAACAAAUGAAAAAAAAAAUUCCCCUUUUAUUUGUGAAGUAAUUACCAAUAAAUGGGUUUUCGUUAAUCAAUGAUUUUGCCGUUUCAGUAAAAAUGUACUAAUGGAAAGACCUGGUCGUGUAAUCCGUCAUGCUUGUUAUGUUGAGAGCUCUUGGUCAUCAGAACUUGUGAAAGUUAAUGAGUGAAGUCAUGAUAUACUGUGACAUUUUGAAAUGCACACAAUUAAACGCUGGUCCUAAAAAAACUAGAAUCCUUCUCUACAUGGGAUAUAAACACAGUGUUUUUGCUGACACACUUACAGUACAUUGCUACCACAUUCAAUGCUUUGAAUAAAAGGAUUUUAUUUUCAUGUGGAAGUGA